AUGAAUCAGGCAGAGGAAAAUCAACAGGAAAUCCCAUCAUACCUUAGUGAUGAACCACCAGAAGGUUCAGUGAACGAUCACCCACAGCGGCAGCCAGGCAUGUUGUCCCGUGUGACUGGGGGUAUUUUCAGUGUUACAAAGGGAGCCGUUGGUGCCACCAUUGGUGGUAUGGCUUGGAUUGGUGGGAAAAGCCUGGAGGUGACCAAAACAGCUGUCACAACUGUGCCUUCCGUGGGAAUAGGGCUGGUGGAAGGGGUGUCUGCUGUGGCUGGAGGAGUCGCAGCUGUUGGGUCUGCUGUUCUAAACAAAGUGCCCUUAACAGGAAAGAAGAAAGACAAAUCUGACUAA